AUGGCCUCAAAUUCUUCCACAGGGCUGUCAGCGGCGCCGUUGGCACCAGGAUUAGCACGGAAAGUGAAGAAGGUCUUGGACAUAAAGACAGAUUCUCCGGAGCUCCUUAGCUCGCUUCAAACGCUGUCGUCCUUCUACACUGAAAACACACCAGCAGCUCGCCGAGGGUUGCGGACCACCAUAGAAAAGCGUGGCCUGGCGAUUAACGAACGCUUUAUCGGAGCGGCGGAGUCGGUCAUAAAGGCGCUGGAUGAGGUCCAGCGCAGCUUGGACCUGCUCUCAGCCUCGUGCUCCACCAUCUCUCAUGUGGUAUCGUCCACCAAAACCUCCUCCUCCUCCCUGCUGGCGGAUACGGAGCGGCUGAGCAGGGACCUGGAGGCGGUAGAGCGAAAGCAGGGCCUGGUGGCGCAGUUCCUGGAUACAUACCAGCUGACACCCGAGGAGGUUGCCGCGCUGCAGGGCGAGGAGAUCAACCCCGCCUUCUUCUCCGCGCUGUCCCGCGUGCGCACCAUCCAUGACAACUGCCGCCAGCUGUUGCGCACACACCACCAGCGGGCGGGACUGGAGCUGAUGGACCUCAUGGCCUCACACCAGGAGAGCGCGUACGAGCGACUGUGCAGAUAUGCGGGUGUGCAUGUGCGACUGUUUGCGUGCGCACGGCGACUGUACGGCCACAGGUGGGUACAGGUGCAGUGCCGCAACAUUGGCGAGUAUGAUGCGCCGGAGGUGGAGCCGGCGCUGCAGACCGCGGUGGCUGCGCUACGGGAGCGGCCCGUCCUGUUCAAGUACUGCGCGGAGGAGGUCGCUACCGCCCGCCACAACUCGCUGUUCCAGCGCUUCAUCACAGCACUCACCCGUGGCGGUCCGGGUGGUGUGCCACGCCCCAUCGAGAUCCACGCACACGAUCCGCAGCGCUACGUUAACGACAUGCUCGCGUGGGUGCACCAGGCGCUGGCUUCGGAGCGAGAGUUCGUUGUGGCGCUGUUUGGGGAGGAGGCCAACAGCGCGGAGGCCGCCAGCGAGCAGAUGAUGGAGACGCUCAGCGGCAGUGACUCGCUGCACACUCCCGCGCUGCUGGACCGCAUUUUCGACUCCAUCUGCCGCCCACUCAAGCUCCGAGUGGAGCAGGUGCUAAUGACCUCGCCGCCUACGCUGUUGUGCUUCAGCCUCGGCCAGCUUCUGUCUUUCUACCACGGCCUCGUGAUGCGCAUCUUGGGCCCCAGCGGCCAACUGACGGCCACGCUGGCGUCCUGUCGUGACAUGGCCACACGCGUGUUUUUCGAACAGCUGCGCGCACGGGGCGACAGGCUGAGGCGCAACCCGCCGCCGCCGCCCAAGGACUUGUCGCCCCCGCCACAGGUUGCGGAGACUGUCCACCAUCUUUUGGAGAUCCUCAAUGCUUAUGAGAGCGCCAUGGAAUCGCGACCGCAGCCGCAGACACAGACCCCGGCACUGCAUGACCUGGGCCCGGUGCUGUCCGCUGUGCUCGAUCCGCUAGCUGAGAUGUGCGACAAGUCAGCUGAGGCCUUAACGCCCGAUGCGCCUUCACGGGUGGAUGAGGUGGCUAGGCUAGACCCCGCGGCGCACCGCAUUUACCUAAUAAAUUGCCUGGCUGCGGUGUGGGCGGUGCUGCAACACCGAGCAGCGGCUAGUGCACGCGCGCGGCAGGUCCUGGACAGCAUCGAGGCGCACACGGCGGCACUGGUGGGCAGUGAGGUGGGGCGACUGUUGGCGCGGUGCGGCAUGGCGGAGGACGGCGAGGAGGAUGGUUUUGCUUCUUCGGCAGCUGGGGGAUCCGGCAGCCCGGCCAGCGACCCGGCGCUGUCGCUACCGCGGCUUGCAGAGGCGUUAAGGAGCUUCUUUGUUCUGGUGUCCAGCCCUGAUGCACUGCCGGAAUUCAACGCCAUCCAGGUGCCACGGCUACGCGCGGAUGCGGUGUCGCGUGUGUGCCGCUCGCUGCUGGAGUCCUAUGAGGUUGUGUACAACACCAUUGAGGACCCAAGAAGCGGUUACCUGGAGCAAGGUGGAGCAAGUGUCGUUAAGCAUACGCCUGCACAAGUUCGCACAAUUUUGGGCGUUGUAUGAGAAUUGCCGAAUGCGUCUCGUCACGCGCUUGAGUCAAGCAGUUUAGAGCGAGGGGAGCAGGUUUGAUCCAUUGUCGCUCGUCAGUAGCUUACGAAGUGGCAAUGGCAAAGACCAGGAAUAUUGGCAUGUGCAGUGUGCAACGCGAUGUUACGAUUCUUUGUUGGUGCUGUUCCGUACACAACGUGUUUCGAUCCACGCAAACGAGUUACCUCUGAGAACCGAGCAGGUGACACUUAAUAUUUGUAAGGUUGCUGCUUGGCG